AUGUUGGCAUUUAGAAGAUUAUUUUCUACAUCGAGGAUAAGACUAGAUACAUUGAUAUUAAUAGAAAAUGUAAAUAACAAAAUUUCACCAAAUUCCUUAUCAACAAUCACAGCAGCACAACAAAUUGGUGAACCAAUAAAUGCAAUUAUAAUUGGAGAUCAAAGUGAAAAUUUAUCAAAACAAGUUGCUGAAAUUAAAGGAAUAAAUAAAGUUUUAAUAGCUAAAGAUUCAAAAUAUAAUCAUUAUUUAGCUGAAGAAGUUUCACCAUUACUUAAGUCAGUAAUUGAAGAAAACAAAUUUAAUCAUUUUUUAAUUAGUGGUUCAUCAGUUGGUAAAAGUAUAUUACCAAGAUUAGGUGCAUUAUUAAAUGUUCAACCAAUAUCAGAAAUUAUUAAAGUUAUAGAUCCAAAAACAUUUGUUAGACCAAUUUAUGCUGGUAAUGCAUUAGCAACAGUUAAAUCAAAAGAUGAUAUAAUUUUAGCAUCAGUUAGAGCCUCUGCAUUUCCCCAAACUGAAGAAAAACAAGAUGCAGUUAAAAUUCAAGAUUUGAACAAAGAUAUAGAGUCAGGUAAUUAUAAUGAAUUUGUUACGGAACAAUUAUCAUCAUCAGAAAGACCAGAACUAGGAUCUGCGAAAAUUGUAGUUGCUGGUGGAAGAGGUUUAAAAAAUAAAGAAAUGUUUGAUAAUUUAUUAGAACCAUUAGCUAAUAAAUUAAAUGCAGCUAUUGGUGCAUCUAGAGCAGCUGUUGAUUCUGGAUUUUGUGAUAAUUCAUUACAAGUUGGUCAAACUGGUAAAAUUGUAGCACCUGAUUUAUAUUUUGCAAUUGGUAUUAGUGGUGCUAUACAACAUUUAGCAGGUAUGAAAGAUUCAAAAGUAAUAGUAGCAAUUAAUAAAGAUGGAGAAGCUCCAAUUUUUAAUAUAGCUGAUAUUGGAUUAGUUGGUGAUUUAAAUGAAAUAUUACCUGAAUUAUUAGACAAGGUUAAAUAA